AUGUUGGGGGCUGUAAGUCGGGUUGGUAGCGGCCUCUUAGCCGCUAAGACAGUAGUUGAGAAAACCAUUACAGAAUGUGGCAAAAUUGCUACUGUGUCCGCCAUCAACAAACGAGAUUACGCCAAAGCUGCCGCUGGCAAGGGUUCAGGUAAGGUGGUGGCUGUAAUCGGUGCCGUAGUAGACGUACAGUUUGAUGAUAACCUUCCCCCAAUUCUUAAUGCUUUGGAGGUACAGAACCGCUCACCCCGGCUUGUGCUGGAGGUGGCUCAACACUUGGGAGAGAACACCGUCCGUACCAUCGCUAUGGACGGUACCGAGGGUCUGGUGCGCGGUCAGCCUGUGUUGGACUCAGGAUCACCUAUCCGAAUCCCAGUAGGCGCAGAAACCCUCGGGCGCAUCAUCAAUGUCAUCGGUGAACCUAUCGAUGAGCGCGGCCCUAUUCCGACCGACAAGACCGCCGCCAUUCACGCUGAAGCUCCCGAAUUCGUAGAGAUGUCCGUGCAGCAAGAAAUUCUUGUCACCGGUAUCAAGGUCGUCGAUUUGCUCGCUCCCUACGCUAAGGGAGGUAAGAUCGGUCUAUUUGGUGGUGCUGGAGUCGGUAAAACUGUACUCAUUAUGGAGCUGAUCAACAACGUCGCCAAGGCCCAUGGUGGUUAUUCCGUGUUCGCGGGAGUAGGUGAGCGCACUCGUGAAGGAAACGAUUUAUAUCAUGAAAUGAUUGAAUCUGGUGUCAUCUCCCUGAAAGACAAGACUUCCAAGGUAGCGCUUGUUUACGGUCAGAUGAACGAGCCCCCUGGCGCCCGUGCUCGUGUCGCUCUUACUGGUUUGACUGUGGCUGAAUAUUUCCGUGACCAGGAAGGACAGGAUGUGUUGCUGUUCAUUGACAACAUUUUCCGUUUCACCCAGGCUGGUUCUGAGGUGUCUGCUUUAUUGGGUCGUAUCCCCUCUGCUGUAGGUUACCAACCUACCUUAGCCACUGACAUGGGUACUAUGCAGGAGCGUAUUACCACCACCAAGAAAGGUUCCAUCACUUCCGUGCAAGCCAUCUAUGUACCUGCUGAUGACUUGACUGACCCUGCCCCUGCCACAACUUUUGCCCACUUGGACGCCACAACUGUAUUGUCUCGUGCUAUUGCUGAGCUUGGUAUCUACCCAGCUGUGGACCCUCUUGACUCAACCUCCCGUAUUAUGGACCCCAACAUUAUUGGAGCUGAACAUUACAAUGUGGCCCGUGGUGUCCAGAAGAUUCUUCAGGACUACAAGUCCCUGCAGGACAUCAUUGCUAUCCUGGGUAUGGAUGAAUUGUCUGAAGAAGACAAGCUGACUGUAGCUCGUGCCCGUAAGAUCCAGAGGUUCCUGUCGCAGCCUUUCCAGGUUGCUGAAGUGUUCACUGGACAUGCUGGCAAGUUAGUUCCUCUUGAGGAAACAAUUAAGGGCUUCACACAGAUCCUACAGGGUGAAUAUGACCACCUGCCUGAAGUAGCAUUCUACAUGGUUGGACCUAUUGAAGAGGUUGUUGCCAAGGCAGACACUCUUGCUAAGUCUUAA